UGAAUUGUCAUUUCUUUGUGUAUGCAAGUACAUGUAAGAAAUGACAAUAAAUUGUUUCUGAUUCCUGAGAGGAUGCAGAUUUCAUUGUGCGAUGCUUAAAUGCUUUGUUAUGCUGGCUACCAGUAACAACUCACAGACAGUCAUGCGUUUGUGUUCUUUGUGUUUAUUUCAGAAACUAUAGAGAUAUGCUCCGUUAUGCUGUACCGUUUGUACUGCUGGAACUAUUACCACUCUGCAAGUAAAGGACUUAACUCAAACUGAUGAUUCUGUGCUCUCUGACCGGAGCCCUCUAGUGGUCAAUCAUCCAACCAACCAGUUUCAGGGGUCCAAUACCCAACAUUAUGUGCUGCUUUCAGAUUGGUAUCCAGACAGAACCAACAGCUGCCAACAGGUUAUAGUGUGUUGUCUCUCCUCGUUCUGCUGGUCUACACUCUGCUAUGAAUGUGUCUGAGGAGAGAGAGGAGGGAGGUUCUACCUCCAAAACCACUCUGUCUGGGGAACAUGACAGCCAGACCAAAGCUAAGAGUCCAGUCCAUCUGGAGAGACCAGUCUCCCCUGUACCCAGCUGUGUGUCCAUGAAGAGUGGCUGGUCUAUGGAUCCACCUGUUACAUUCAGAGAUGGACACCCCUCUACUGAACAGAGGACCCAUCAGGAGAGACCAGGCUCUAGUCUGCAGCCCUCCCCGGCUCUGAAGAGGGGGCGGAGCAGCGACCGGGACGACUCGGGAGAGGGGGGGCCAAGUACAAUUCGGAGAAAAAAGGGGGGAAAUGAAAAAAGAGAAAAAGAGAGAGCAGACCCCCCUGUACCCAGCUGUGUGUCCAUGAAGAGUGACAGGUCUAUGGAUCCACCUCUUACAUUCAGAGAUGGACGCCCCUCUACUGAACAGAGCAGGACCCGUCAGGAGAGACCAGACCCCCCUGCACCCAGCUGUGUGUCCAUGAAGAGUGACCACUCUAUAGGACGAAUUAUUAAUUUCAAAGAUGGACACCCCUCUACUGAACAGAGAGACCACCAGGAGAGGUCAGAGGUUCUCAGUGGUCAGUCUGUCCAGGAGCAUCAAACAGACCUGGACUCCAUAUUUAUGCUGCUUGAGGAGAACAUUGUCACUUUUGUGAAGAAGGAGCUGAAGAGGUUCCAGAAGGUUCUGAGUUCAGAUUACCCAGAGUGCUUAGGGAGACAGAGGAAAGAGGAGGAGCAGAGCAGGAGUACCAGAGAGGCACUUCUGAAGAUCACCCAGCACUUCCUGAGGAGUAUGAAGCAGGAGGAGCUGGCUGCCCGUCUGGAGAGCAAAAUCCUUGUUCCCAUGUGCCGGAGUAACCUCAGAGCAGCUCUGAAGGAGAAGUUUCAGUGUUUGUUUGAGGGCAUCGCUAAACCAGGAGAGUCAACACUUCUGAAUCAGAUCUACACAGAGCUCUACAUCACAGAGGGAGGCAGUGGAGAGGUCAAUAAUGAACAUGAGGUCAGGCAGAUUGAAACAGCAUCCAGGAAACCAGCAAGACCAGAAACACUGAUCACAUGUGAGGACAUCUUUAAACCCUUACCUGGACAAGAUAAACCAAUCAGAACAUUGAUGACAAAGGGAGUGGCUGGCAUCGGGAAAACAGUCUUAACAAAGAAGUUCGCUCUGGACUGGGCUGAAGACAAAACCAACCCCAAUAUACACUUCACAUUUCCAUUCACGUUCAGAGAGCUGAAUGUGCUGAAAGAUAAAAAGUUCAGCUUGGUGGGACUUCUUCAUCACUUCUUUAUUGAAACAAAAGAAGAAGGAAUCUGCAGCUUUGACGAGUUCCAUGUUGUGUUCAUCUUUGACGGUCUGGAUGAGUGUCGACUUCCUCUGGACUUCCAGAACAAUGAGAUCUGGACUGAUGUCACAAAGUCCACCUCAGUGGACGUGCUGCUGACAAACCUCAUCAAGGGGAAACUGCUUCCCUCUGCUCGCCUCUGGAUAACCACACGGCCUGCAGCAGCCAAUCAGAUCCCUCCUGAGUGGGUUGACAUGGUGACGGAGGUGAGAGGGUUCACUGAUCCACAGAAGGAGGAGUACUUCAGAAAGAGAUUCAGAGAUGAGGCGCAAGCCAGAAGAAUCAUCUCACACAUCAAGACAUCACGAAGCCUCCACAUCAUGUGUCACAUCCCAGUCUUCUGUUGGAUCACUGCUACAGUUCUGGAUCACGUGUUGGGAACAGAUGAGAGAGGAGAGAUGCCCAAGACCCUGACUGAGAUGUACAUCCACUUCCUGGUGGUUCAGUCCAUCCAGGGGAAUGUGAAGUAUCAUGGGAGAUCCGAGACAGAGCCACACUGGAAUACAGAGAGCAGGGAGACGAUUGAGUCUCUGGGGAAACUGGCCUUUGAACAGCUGGAGAAAGGCAACCUGAUCUUCUAUGAAGCAGACCUGACAGAGUGUGGCAUUGAUAUCAAAGCAGCCUCAGUGUACUCAGGAGUGUUCACACAGAUCUUUAAAGAGGAGUGUGGACUCUACCAGGACAAGGUCUUCUGCUUUGUCCAUCUGAGCAUUCAGGAGUUUCUGGCUGCUCUUUAUGUCUUUCUCUCAUUCAUCAAAACUAAAGCCAAUCUGCUGUCAGAAACCCAGUCAACCUCCUGCAGGUCUAAACCACUUGGAGAUAAACGUAAAAAACCAGACCUCUACCAGACAGCAGUGGACAAGGCCUUAGAGAGUCCAAACGGACAUCUGGACUUGUUCCUGCGCUUCCUCCUGGGCCUCUCACUGGAGCGCAGUUGGAAUCUCCUGCGAGGCCUGCUGGGAAAGGCAGGAAAUAAGUUAAAGACCAAUAAGAAAACAGUCCUGUACAUCCAGGAGAAGAUCAGGGAGGAUCUCUCUCCAGAGAGAAGCAUCAAUCUGUUCCACUGUCUGAAUGAACUGAAUGACCAUUCUCUAGUGGAGGAGAUCCAACAGUACCUGACAUCAGGAAGACUCUCCACAGACCAGCUCUCUCCUGCUCAGUGGUCAGCUCUGGUCUUCAUCUUACUGUCUUCAGAAAAGGAGCUGGAGGUGUUUGACCUGAAGAAAUACUCUGCUUCAGAGGAGGGUCUUCUGAGGCUGCUGCCAGUGGUCAAAGCCUCCAGUACAGCUCUGUUGAGUUACUGUAAUCUGUCAGAGAGGAGCUGUGAAGUUGUGUCCUCAGUCCUCAGCUCCUCCUCUAGUGUGAGAGAGCUGGACCUGAGUAACAAUGAUCUGCAGGAUUCAGGAGUCAAGCUGCUCUCUGCUGGACUGGGGAGUCCACAAUGUAGACUGGAAACUCUCAGGUUGUCGGGCUGUCUGGUCUCAGAGGAAGGUGUUUCUUCUCUGAUCUCAGCUCUGAGCUCCAACCCGUCCCAUCUGAGAGAGCUGGACCUGAGCUACAACCAGCCAGGAGACUCAGGAGGGAAGCUGCUCUCUGCUGGACUGGAGGAUCCACACUGGAGACUGGACUCUCUCAGGCUGGACCAUGCUGGAGGGUGCAGGUUGGAGCCGGGUCUGAGGAAGUAUGCCUGUGAACUCACACUGGACCCAAACACAGCACACAGACGCCUCCUUCUGUCUGAGGACAACAGAAAGGUGACAUGGGUGAAGGAGGAGCAGUCGUAUCCUGAUCAUCCAGACAGAUUUGACUCCUGGACACAGGUUCUAAGUAGAGAAAGUCUGACUGACCGCUGUUACCUGGAGGUACAGUGGGAAGGACUUGUUCAUAUAGGAGUGACUUACAGAGGAAUCACAAGGAGAGGAAGAGGUAAAGACUGUUUUCUUGGAUUUAAUGAAAAGUCCUGGAGUCUGGUGUGUACUAGUGAUAGAUACACUGCCUGUCAUAAUAAUAGAGACACAAAGAUAAGUAUCUCCCCCUCCUCCUCUGACAGAGUAGGAGUGUAUCUGGACUGGUCUGCUGGAACUCUGUCCUUCUACAGAGUCUCUUCUGACACCCUGACACACCUCCACACCUUCACCUCCACAUUCACUGAACCUCUCCAUGUUGGGUUUAGGGUGUGGUCACUUGGCUCCUCAGUGUGUGUGUGUUAGAUGGAGGAGGUAGAGACGCCUCCUGUGUCCUGGAGGAACACUCACACUCCUGCCCACACACACCUGCUGACAUGA